AUGCGGGGGCAGCGCCGAGGCUACCAGCACGUUGUGAUGCUGCGCGCGCUUCUGACACUUUCGUACCCCUCUGUGACCUUUGUGACCUCUGUGACUGCGAUAUCGUGGGCCAUCGUGAUCGCGGCCAUCCCCUCAGACCCCUCCUCUCCUCUCCCUGACCGCAACACCAAGCCGGCAACUGGAACGCGCAUCCAGCUCUCUGCCCCCGACUCCCCUAGCUUCCAGCCCGUUGACGACCUCCUCUCAUCUCGUCUGCCUGUAUCCGUUUACAGUAGGCCGGCCUCUGGUUUGUUUGCAGCCAUGGACUCCCACCCGCAGGACGAAGUUCACCACCACUCCCUCACCGACCCCGAGAGCUUCUGGGGCCACCAGGCCGAGCAUCUCUACUGGCACAAGAAGCCGUCUUGUGUCCUGGCCUGGACCACCAAGGAGCUCAAGAACGGCGUAACCCAUGACCACUGGGAGUGGUUCCCCGACGGCGAAAUCUCGACCUGCUACAACUGCAUCGACCGCCAUGUCCUGGCUGGCCGCGGUGACUGCCCUGCCAUCCUGUAUGACAGCCCCGUCACCAACACCAAGCAGCGCUACACCUACAAGCAGCUGCUUGAUGAGGUCGAGACCUUUGCCGCCGUCCUGCGUGAGGAGGGCGUCAAGAAGGGCGAUGUCGUGCUCGUCUACAUGCCCAUGAUCCCUGCUGCCCUCAUUGGUAUCCUUGCCAUCAACCGUCUCGGUGCUAUUCAUGCUGUUGUCUUCGGCGGUUUUGCUUCCAAUGCUUUGGCUCAGCGCAUUGAGGCUUCUCGUCCCGUUGUCAUCCUGACUGCCUCGUGUGGUAUCGAUGGCAACAAGCCGCCCAUCCCGUACAAGGACUACGUCGAGGAGGCCAUCAAGAUCUCCAAGUGGAAGCCGCCCAGGACUAUCAUCUGGCAACGUGAGCAGCUCCUCUGGAACCCUAUCAAUAAGGCAAAGGGUGAGAGAGACUGGAAGCAGCUGCAGCGCAGUGCCUGGAAGCGCGGCCGUAGGGCUGAGUGCGUCCCUGUCAAGUCGACUGACCCCAUCUACAUCAUCUACACUAGCGGCACCACUGGCCUUCCGAAAGGUGUGCUCCGUGAGGCAGGUGGUCAUGCCGUGGGCCUGCACCUGUCUAUCUCGUAUCUCUUUGACAUCCAUGGCCCUGGUGAUGUGAUGGGUUGCUUCAGCGACAUCGGCUGGGUUGUCUCUCACAGCUACACCCUCUAUGGCCCUCUCCUGACUGGUGCCGCUACUGUCCUCUACGAAGGAAAGCCCGUCGGUACCCCCGACGCCUCGGCUUUCUGGCGCCUCGUUGAGGAGUACAAGAUCAACACUAUGUUCACUGCUCCGACUGCCCUGCGCGCCAUCCGCAAGGAGGACCCCAAGAACGAGCACAUCACUCGCAUCGGCAAGCGCGGCGGCCUGAGGAGCCUGAGGGCUAUCUUCCUUGCCGGUGAGCGGUCCGAGCCUGCCAUCAUCACCAUGUAUCAGGAUCUGCUCAAAAAGUAUGGUGCCCCUGACUCUCACGUGGUUGACAACUGGUGGUCUUCUGAGUCUGGCUCGCCCAUCUCUGGCAUUGCCCUUGUUCCUCACGCGGGCAAGGACCGGUUGACCGAUAUCAAGGACCACCCGCCGCUUCUUAUCAAGCCUGGCAGUGCUGGCAAGGCCAUGCCUGGCUUCGACGUCAGGGUCGUCGAUGACAAGGGCAACGAGGUCCCACGUGGCAAGAUGGGCAACAUCGUUCUUGGUCUUCCCCUCGCGCCUACUGCGUUCCGUACGCUGUGGGAGGACGAGGAGCGCUUCUACAAGGGCUAUCUCAAGCGCUUCGGCGGCAAGUGGAUCGAUACCGGCGAUGCCGGCUGGAUCGAUGAGAAGGGCUACAUCCAUAUCAUGGCUCGCACCGACGACAUCAUCAAUGUUGCUGCCCACCGUCUCAGCACCGGUGGUAUUGAGCAGGCCAUCACCAGCCAUCCGCUGGUGACCGAGGCCUGCGUGGUUGGCAUUCCGGAUGCCCUCAAGGGCCAGCUGCCGUUCGCCUUUGUCCAGACCUCUCAGCAAGUUGAUGACAAGCAGCUCUUCGAGGAGAUCAACAAGCUUGUCCGGACCCAGGUCGGCCCCAUUGCCAGCCUGGGUGGCAUGAUCCAAGGCAAGGGCAUGAUCCCGAAGACACGCUCCGGCAAGACCCUGCGGCGUGUGCUGAGGGAGCUGGUGGAGAACGCGACGAACGGCGAGUUCGACAAGGAGGUCACUGUGCCGUCUACCGUGGAGGACGCGAGCGUGAUCAACGUCGCGAGGGAGAAGAUCAGGGAGUAUUUCCAGAAGGUGGGCGACAAGCAUAAGAGUAUUGAUCAGGUCAAGCCUAUCAAGGCCAAGCUUUGA